AUGCUUUCCCAAUGCAGCAGACGCUCCCUAUCGAGGCUUGGUCAAGUAUCACGGCAAAUCAGCAGCCAGACGAGAACGAUAGUAGGGUACACGAAAACCCAGUUUCCGCUGAACACAGGCGCCGAGAUCCCAGCUAUAGGGUUCGGAACGUGGCAGGACAAAGAAGCACAGGAAGACGCAGUGGCCGAGGCAUUGAAGGUGGGCUAUCGGCAUAUCGAUACAGCUCGGAUAUAUGGCACCGAGCCUGGUGUCGCCAAGGGCAUCAAAAAGUCCGGCAUUCCUCGCAGCGACAUCUUUCUCACCACAAAGCUGUGGAACAACUCACACCACCCGGACGAUGUGGAAAAGGCGUGCGACGCCUCUCUGAAGGACCUUCAGACCGACUAUGUCGACCUCUACCUCAUGCACUGGCCCUGUCCGUGGGCACGAGGCGACAAAAUGAGGCCGAUGAAGGACGACAAGAUUGUUCCCGGUGAUACUGAUUACGUCGAAACGUACCGGGCAAUGGAGAAACUGGUCGCUUCGGGGAAAUGUCGCGCCAUCGGCGUGAGCAACUUCUCCCACGCGGAGAUGGAGAGGCUGCUGAGAGAGACUUCGAUCGUCCCCGCCGCCCAUCAGAUGGAACUGCAUCCGUACCUGGUGCAGGCGGACUUCUCGGCAUGGCACAAGUCAAAGGGCAUCCACAUCACGCAGUACUCGCCCUUUGGGAACCAGAACGAGAUCUACGACAAGGGCAAGAACAUGGGCAAACUGAUCGACGACCCGGCGCUCAAGGAGAUCGGGAGGAAGUACGGCAAGAACGGCGCCCAAGUGGCUCUGGCGUGGGGGAUAGCCAAGGGCCAUUCCGUGAUCCCCAAGUCCAAGACGCCCGCGCGCAUCAAGGCCAACUUCGAGGGCGACUUCAAGCUCGAGGCCGAGGACGUCGAACGGAUCGACGGACUGGACAAGAAGUUGAGGUUCAACGACCCUUCGGAGUCGUUUGGGUGGAACUUCUACGCCGAUCUCGACGGGAAGAACAAGUGA